AAACGAAAUUUCUUUCUUUCUUUCUUUUCUGAUAUGAUUCUGGCAGCAACGUUUAAACAUAACCAGCAUUUCAUACAAUUCACAAGCAUUCUUUGGAAUUCGAAUUCUUUCUUUAACAGUCAACUAUUUCAAAAAUGACUUGGAGAUACUUUGUACAGUUUAUUCAUAAAAUGCUUGCCUUUAAAGUCAUGAUAUUUGCUGCUUGCUGCCUACCCAAUGAGUCUUUGAAUACACUGCUUCGCUAUUUUGUGUCCGAGCUGGUGACAGAUCUUCUGCAUUGGCGCUGGGUUGUUCUGAUUGGACACCAUGAAAAAGAUAUUGAUCCAACCCUUGUAGAAUUUCUAUUCCAACAAAACGUAUCUGUGAUAUGCUUAACUUCAGAAUCGAAGCAUACAUUGCACGACGUUAUUCGAGAACAUGGGAGCAUUCCUGUCAUCCUUUUGACACCUCAUCAAGUACUUAUAAGGAAUUUCAUAAACACCUGCCGGAUAAAAUGGGUUGUUUUGCUCCCGCCUCAUGAUUCCACCCCUCUAUCUCCUCCUCAGAUAUUUCCUUCCAUCAAGAGUUUGCAUAUCUUAUUUGUAUCUUUAAAUAGUAAAGGAAGUUUGGAUCUGCAGGUACCCAAUACUGAAAGCAAUGCGCUAGAAACAGUUAACAAAUGGAAUCCUUACGAUGGUUUUGCAAAUAAUAUUUCGUUUCAGUCUUGCUCCAUUCGACCCAUGAAGCACAUCCGUGUUGCCAUGGAAAAACAUUUUCCUUUUUUCCGGAUUGGGAAAAACUCAUCGGUGCCAAAAGGAUCAGAUAUCAAACUUUUGAACAUUUUAGCCAAAACACUUAAUUUCUCGUAUGAAAUCUUAAGAUCUCCUGAUGGCAGUUGGGGAGAUAUUAAUGGCACAGAAUGGACUGGAAUGAUUAGAAUGCUUGUGAUGAACGAGGCAGAUGUCGCGAUGUCUGGCAUGACUGUCACGUAUAACAGAUACACGGCUGUACGUUUUAGUACACCAUAUGCAUACGAUCGAAUAACUUUUGUUGCUAAAAGACCGUCUCGUAAAGCAAAAACAUGGGCAAUAUUUUGGCCGUAUACUCUGCAGGUUUGGUUAUUAAUUGGAAUAUGUAUUCUGAUUAUAUCGAUUCUAAUGACUUUCCUACGGAACGCAUUGAAACCACCAAAAAGGCGAAGGGUUCAAUUUCGAGACACAGCGUUGUAUAUUUUCCAAGCAGUUCUAAGUCAAGGCUAUUAUAAUGCCUCUGAGACACGAUGCAGAAUAUUGAUGUCUUUCUGGUGGGGAUUCUGCAUCACUGUUGUCGCCGGAUACAAUGGCAGCCUGAUGUCAUUUAUGGCGCAUCCUGGAUACAAUCCUUCUUUAGACACGGUGAAGCAAUUAGUGCAUGCCAUUCGAAAUAGAAAUUUUGCUGUUGGUACAAUAAAAAAUUCAGCAGAUUAUACAAUCUUUAAAGACUCGACACAAAAAGAUCUUCGCAUUAUCUUUAAAUCUAUGAAUUCCGACCCACAGAACUUGGUACAUCACGAUGUUGAUGGACUAUGGGAGUGUCUAAAGAGAGAUUACGCAUAUAUUGGAGGUGAAUUAACAGUAAGAGCUGAUAUCUGGGAUCCUAGCCUCUUCUUGUUCGCAAAGGACUCUUUUCUUCAAUAUGGAUAUGCAAUUGCAUUCGCUCCCAAUUUUGAACACAUAAGCCUUUUCGACUACAAAAUUCGUCAGCUACAAGAAGGUGGAAUAAUUAAAAAGUGGAUGGAAGAUAUCAUCGAACAACAACAGUUCCGCGGAAUUUUGAAGGUCAGUUCGAGAAUUGAGGAGGAAGAUGAAGAGAGGAGAAUGCAUGUACUUGAUGUUGAUGAUGUCCAAGGCGCUUUUGCUAUUUUAAGUAUUGGUUUGAUCAUAGCAAGUAUGGUUUGCAUCACAGAAUAUCAAAUACACACAUAUACUUACAGGAGAAAAAGAAAGAACUUGAAAAGAUACUGAAGAACACCUUUAAUUUGAAGAUUUGCAUUUACGGUGCUUUAAAAAUGUAAAUUAUGCUAAAAAUUCUCUUCUCAAAUAAACACUGCUAUUUCA